GUAGAGGCGAACUGAAAUGUCCCCCUAUAAACCAGAAGGCGGAGAAGAGCACGAAGUGAGGAGGCUACGAUCCAGUCCAGUGGACAUAUGCCUACUGGACAUGUAUGUUCUUUGAAGGCUGUAGAUCUGUGAUGCAGAGCCCCAGUAUGAAGGCCAGUCAGGCCGGUGGCCCCCCUGAUGGGGGCUAUGGAUGGGUGGUGGUCACCUCGGCCUUCUUUAUCAUGGGCCUCACUACAGGCGUCCUCAAGAACUUCGGCCUCUUCUUCCUAGAGAUCCAAAACCACUUUGGAGUCCUCACCAGCACCACUUCAUGGGUCACCUCCACUAUGAUAGUCAUGUUUCACUUGGGAGCCCCAGUCGCCAGUGUCCUGAGCAUGCACUGUACCCAGAGGGCAGUCGUCAUGAUGGGAGGGCUCCUCACUGCUUCAGGGAUGAUCCUGGCUUCUCUCGACCUCAGUCUUCCAUGGAUGUACCUCAGCAUCGGCAUACUGCAAGGUUUGGGUCUUUCAUUUUCCUGGUUACCAGCCAACAGCAUAGUGAGCCACUACUUCCUGAAGUGGCGUCCCAUAGCGUAUGCCAUAGCCAGCUCCGGGGAGUGUGUUUUUGCCAUGGUGUUCAGUCCUUUCUUCCAGUGGCUCAUCGAGGCCUACACCUGGCAGGGAGCUCUGCUCAUCAUAGGGGGCCUUCAGCUCAACCUCUGUGUCUGUGGAGCCCUCAUGAGACCUCUGGAAUUCAAACCCCAUAAUCCCACCAAGCCAAAUAAGGACAACCACCAGGACUCCAAAGCUGCUGAUGACCCGACGCCAAAGAAGCUAAGCUUCCAGUGGACUUUGCUAAGGAAACCAGAACUGCUGCUCUACAUCCUGUUUGCCAUUUUUGCUGCUGCAGGAUUUUUCAUCCCACCUCUCUUCCUGGUUCCAUAUGCCACCAGCCUGGGAUUGAAGAACUACUGGGCGGCGUCCAUCCUGUCUGUGCUGGCUUUGGCUGAUCUGCUUGGUCGUCUGGGCUGUGGUUGGCUGGCCAACCUGAGGCUGGUGAGGAACCUACAGCUGCUGACGAUGGUGGUCACCAUGUUGGGGGUAGUGCUACUGCUGCUGCCCAUUGGCAAGGACUACUGGAUCCUCCUGGUCUUCUCCUCGCUCUAUGGUUUUCUGUUUGGCUGCGUGGUAGCCAUCCAUGUGACGUCCAUUGUGGACAUAGUGGGCCUGGAGGGGUUUGACAGCGGCCUGGGACUCUUCAUGCUCUUCAGAAGCAUCGGGGGCUUCAUUGGUCCACCUGCUGCAGGUUGGCUGGUUGACCAGGACAAAGACUUUGGUGCAGGCUUCUACCUGUCUGGAUUGGUUCUCAUCAUAUCUGGUGUGUUUGUGGUGCUGGUGGACCGGCUUGUCGAGAGGAAGAAGGCCUCUCCCAGUGAAACCGACCUAGAGGCCACUCAGGCCUGUGCUUACAAGAUGGGAGUGAAGGUGGUUGUGAGUGAGAGCAACUGUAAAUAAUGUUAAUCUGUUUCAGGGGAUAUGGAAGUAAAUAUGUUUGCAGUUCAUGGGCUCUUGGGAUGGCUUAAGUCUGAGCUUGUAACGUGUAGUCAGGGUUUUAUAUAUAUUAUAUAUUAAGCUGCGUCACAGGAGUAAGGUACAGUAAGUAAUGGAGGGUGUUGAUAUUAUACUUGGUCGGUCACCAUUUGCAAAGUUGCCGGUGUACAUAUGUUUGAACAGAUUGUACAGUAGUGUUUAUCACUUUUAAUGCCUACCACUAAGUUUUUGAAUGUUCACUGAUUUUGUCUUGAAAUUGUCAGUUAUAUACUCGUUCAUACAGGUAUACUGUAUGCCAUCUAGAAAGUUAUAUCAGGUAUUUUUAUUGUUUUUAUCUCUGGUGCAAUGCAUGUAUUUUACCUACAUUUUAAAUGGUGAUUGGUCAGACUUGGUCAGACCUGCUGCUAACAUCACCUAUGCUAAGGCACAUAAUCUGAGUAAAGGUAAGUACUUUCUAUGUGCCGCUUUACCUGUACGUUUGUUAACUCGGGGGCGGCAGGUAGCUUAGUGGGUAAGAGCGUUGUGCCAGUAACCGAAAGGUCGCUGGUUCUAAUCCCCG